AUUUAAUAUGUUAAUUAUUAAAUUCCAUAUAUAUUCUUUUAUGUAGAUAUAUUUCUGUACGUGCCUAUUCUUUAGGAAGCCGUUUUCUUCUCCCAUGUUUGAGCGUAUUGUUUCUUCUCCCACGUUUGAAUUCUGUGAUCCUCAUUUUUGAAUUUUGAAUGGCAUCAUCCAUUUCAAUUAGUGGGUGUUUUCACUAUUUUAUAUUCAUAUCUUGUGAGAUAAUUAGACGUAUUCUCUAUUUUCGGAGGAUUGAGGCUUGUACGUUCAGGAGGUUUAUCGAGAUUCUCUACAACGUCUACCUUGUUAUCUGUGGACUUCAUGGCAGGAGCUAUUGUUGGGAGAUGUAUCCAUAAUGAUGUUACUGCUUCUAUUCCCGUUUUUUAGCACACUUCAUUUUCUGAAUUGUGCAACUAGGUUAGCUCAAGGUUCAAUGGUUUGGUAGUUGGUUCAUUUAACCUUACAUAUGCUAUGAAUGGAUGCAUGUUGUCUUUUGGAAUGUGACAUGGAUGUGCGUGUAUUACACAUGUCUGUAACGAAGGAGAACACAUAUUUUGUUGAUAUAUUGGUGAGCUUAAAAGAAUAAAAUGAAAUUGGCAAUGCUAGUCAAGAUAUUCGUAUUACAGAACCAUUUUUUGGCUGAAGGUGUAAUGCACACCGAUGGGAAUGAGUUUUUGGGGAAAUUUAAAACACCUAAUGCUAAGAUGUAUUUAUCGCAUCCUUGGAAAAGCUAUAUUAGUCAUGUUGGUCAGGAUUAUGAGGGUGGAGCGGAUGAGUUCAGGCUUAAACUAUGCUGUUGAAAUGGGUUUUGAAUUUGAGUAUGUUGCAAAUGAGCAUAAAAGGAUAACAGCUUGUUGCAUUAAGAAAGAUAUUGAAGGUUGUCCGUGGCGUGUUCAUGCAUCUAUAUGUAGUGCUAAUGGCCAUUUUGUUAUCUGGAGAUUAAAUAAUCAGCACAUAUGCAUUGGUCGCAUUCGAGAACGUAAAAGUGGGAUGAUGACCUCAAAGAUUGUGUGUUCCAUACUGGUUGAGCAACUUCGGUCCAAUCCACACAUUAAACCAAUUCAGAUAGUUGAUGAUUUCAAAAAGAAUUACGGUUUGGAUGUUUCCUAUUACAAUGCUUGGUACGGAAAAGAGAUGGUGAUGACAAUGGUUCAUGGUGAUGACGUUUUAUCUUACCAAAAGUUAGGUUGGUAUGUGGAAGAGAUCCGUAAAAGUAAUCCUGGAUCCCAUUGUGUGUUGCAGUGCGACCCAAACACCUCCCACUUUCGUCGUCUAUUUAUUGCUUUUAGAGGUUCUAUUGAGGGGUUUAAUUAUUGUAGACCCUUAUUAUUUUUGGAUGGUACGUUUGUGAAAAACAAGUACAAAGGCACUUUGCUUGGUGCGACAGGGAAAAAUGGUAACCAAGGUUUUUUCCCUCUUGCAUUUGCUUUGGUUGAUGUUGAAGAUGAGGCUAACUGGACUUGGUUUUUGAUGAACUUAUCUACCGUAUUAUUUGAAGAUGACCGUACCAUUACAUUCAUAUUGGACCGGCACAAAGGAUUGCUUCAAUUUGUGGCAAAUGUUUUCCCUACUUCUCCACAUGGAUUUUGUAUUUACCACAUAGAAAAGAUUAUUAAGACCACAUAUCCUAUUGGCUUUGGGAAAACUUUUUGUAAGAAAAUGGUCCAAUUAUUCAAGAACUGUGCUUAUUCAUCCACUCCAUAAGUGUUCGACGUAAACCUGCAGAUUCUGAGAAAAAAGGGUGGUGGACUAAUUGACAAAUUUUUGGAGGACUUGCCCAAAGAGAACUAUUCAGAUACAUUCUUUUUAGGUGCCAGGUACGGUGAAAUGUGGUCAAAUGUUGCCGAGUCAUUCAAUUCUUGGAUUAGGAAAGAACGAUUAUUACCAAUAUUCCAAUUGGUAGAAAGCAUAAGAGUUAAAUUGAUGGUGAUAAAUGCUGAGAGACGUAUUGCUGCAGAGAAAUGGAACUCUUAUUUAUGCCCCGAAAUGGAAAACCAGUUGGAUAAGUUAUUGAAGGUGGGAAGACAUUGGCACAUUAACCGGUCAAGCAAGUUUGUAUUUGAAGUACGUAGUGAUGACUCGAUGAUGGUGGACUUGGAAAAAUGGUAUUGUUCAUGUUGUCAGUGGCAGAUUAAAGGUUUCCCUUGCUCACACGCAGUUGCAGCUAUCAUGCACAACGAUGGCAAUCCUUAUGAUUACAUUGAAGACUAUUUCACAACUGAUUACUAUAAGUCUUCAUAUUCUUUUCCAAUUGAAUCGAUUCCUGACAUCUAUCAAUCCCCAAUUUGUUUCAUCUUAUUUCCUUUCUUUGCAUUUUCAUAAGGUACGUCACCAACUUUCCUCAUUGAUUCAACAACACCAGAACUCUUUUGUUCCACAUGUUUCCUUUUUUUGCCAGAUCUUUUUUUUGUAUUUGCAUAUUCGAAGUCCACUUUUCUAAGUACCUUUCAUACCUGUCUUCUUUUCACUCCUUUGAUUAUGGAAGCUAUUUUCGAAGAUGGUUUUUUUUUAUCGACCUCUUCAAGUAAGACACUGAUUUGUUUAUGAGCUUCCUCCAAUUCAGUUUCAGUUGCAGCCAAUGCCUCGCUCAACAGAAUAGCUUCUACUUCAGCUUGUUCACGCCUAAUAUUCAUCGCAUCCAACUCCUUUAGAAUUUCUUUUUCAGCAUGGAGUUGAUCUAUGUUUUCCUUUCCAUCCAUGUCAUUAUAGUGUACCUGUCCAAAUAUUUUCAGUGGGGAUUUGAAUUGAUUUGUAAUUAUAUCCCAUGUAGGUGCUUCAAAUUGAUCA